AUGACCUCUUCUCAAGGCAAUGUUGAAGUUGCAGAUGCUUCGUCCAUCAGUGAGAUCGGCGUGGAUGAUUUUCUCGCGGGACUGUCGGAUGCCAACGGUUGGAGUGACGAGACUAAGAAAGCGCAGUACUCGGAAAAUUUGCAGGUUCUAGCCAACCAUCUUCUUGAACUGCUAAGUUUGGAGGCAUGCGCUAGAACUGGCCGUGAUGGCCCCGCCAACGAGGUGAAUGAGAUAGUAGCAAAGAUCCUUGAUCCUAACUUUCUCGACGCACCACCCUCAAGAAAGAGCAAGAAGCUCAUCAUUCGAGAAUGGAAAGAGACUGCUGCUGCGCAGCCCAUACUCCAUGCCAUCAUCUAUCGAGUGCUCGGCCUUGUGGAUCUCCGUCACCUGUAUGUGUCGAAGGAACAGAAGACACGAGGCAAAAAUGUUAAUGAAAAGGACCGAGUUAUGGAUUUCUUGGUCCAUGAAAUGCGUGAGCACAUUAUUCACGCCCUUCCAAGCAUGAUUGAAGGUGUAAUUGAAGUGAAGAGGUGUGAGAAAGAGAGCAAACAUGAUAAUCAACAAAUUAACCGUGCGGCGAAUCAAUCAGUCGGAAACUUUGCGAAGAGGUUGCGAGGAGAGCUCAAAUAUCUAGUCAAAGCAUCACUGCAACAUGUGGGAACAGAAAAUGUCGAGGUCUCAUUGAUCAAGACCAAGCCAGUUGAUUUAUUGUCUCAUUCGGGUCUUAAGCUGCUUGCGCGUACAUUGAAUGCCAGUGUCAAUCCGUCCCAAGUGAAACAUGGCGAUGCCACACUAAUAGAAGCAGAACUAAAACUACCUUCAUACGGAAGCGAGGAUAAAUUGACAAAAAUAUCGAUUGGCGAGAUUUUGGGUUCGGGAGCCUUUGGGAUUGUAUACCAAGUUACGUCAGUCGACUCUUAUUCUGAAGAUCCGAAGGGAUAUUUCAUAAAGAUUCCAACAUCCUGCUUGGCGAAGACUUCGCUAAAGGAUGAGGCAAAAAUCUUGGAUGAAUUGAACAAAGAGAAGACUGGAACAAAUAAAGUUCCCAACAUCCCUUGUUGCAAAGCGAAGGGCACCUUCUGUUUGGCUUUCAAUGGCUUUGUGGGUGAAACGUAUGGCCUACUUCUCAAUGGUAUGAUUGAUAAGGCUGCCAACAGUUUAGAUUGGAAUGCGGAAUGCAACAAGCAACACCUGCCAUUUGUCGUGGAGAAGGUGUUUGCUGCUCUAAAGGCUGCACACGACCGGGGUGUGUAUCAUCUCGAUAUUCAACCUGGCAACAUAAUUGUUUCUGACAAGGACAUCUCACAUGACGAGUCGCCUGGGGAUGUGGGCGUGUUGGUGAUUGAUUGGGGUGUGGCAAUCCGUGGCGAGACAGAUUUCUCUUUUCGCGGCUGCGUCCAGUACGCUCACAAUGAGCUACUCGCGCUUGACAGAACCCGAAGUGGACCAAAAGAGGUGUAUGACUGGGCUUCUCUGUUGUACACGUACUACCACUUGCAUGAGGGUGGCUUACCAUGGAAUGCCUUGAUGGAGCACGGGAAGCGAGUUUGUGACACUGGGAUGAGAGAGAACGUAGUCUCGGAUUGGUGGUGGAAGCAAAAGCAGGACAACGAAAAUGGCAAAUAUGGUUUUGUUGAAGCGUUUGCGAAAGUUCUUCCUGAACAACAGAUAGCUUGA